AUGAUGAAUGUUUUAUGUUAUUCUAUUAAAACAAAGUCGUUCCUUGCCGGCUCUGUGUUAAGAGGUAUUUCUACAAGCAGUAUUUUGAACGAAAAUCACAAAUGCAAACUGUUAGUGGUUGGCGGUGGUGCUGGAGGAUGCUCCGUUGCAGCUAAAGCAUCCAACAAGCUGGGCGCAGGAAAAGUAAUCGUACUGGAGCCGGCUGAGAAUCAUUAUUAUCAACCGAUGUUCACCUUGAUUGGAGGAGGAAUCAAAAAGCUCGAGGAUAGUUUUCGACCCAUGAAAACUGUUUUACCAGCGCUAGCCACCUGGAUUAAGGAUUCGGCCGCAAAAUUCGAACCCGAACACAACACCGUCCAUACGAGCAGUGGAGAUAAAAUCGAGUACGAGUAUCUGCUCGUUGCCGUCGGAUUGCAGCUAAACUAUGACAAGAUUCCUGGGCUACAGGAAGCACUUUCGAUUCCGAAUGGAAAAGUCUGCUCCAACUAUUCUCCAAGGUAUGUCGACCGUACGUACCAAGCUUUACGCAACUUCACCGGUGGCAAUGCGGUGUUCACCUUCCCGAACAGCCCCGUCAAGUGUCCCGGAGCUCCGCAAAAAAUACUCUACAUUGCUGAGCACUUUUUCCGCAAGUCCAACAAGCGCAAAAACGCCCAGGUACAUUACAACACCUCCCUGCCGGUACUGUUUGGCGUGAAGCAUUACGCCGAUGCUCUCUGGGAAAUAGUGAAGAAGCGUAAUAUUAAUGUGAAUUUGCGUACGAACUUAGUCGAAGUGAAGCCGACUACCGAUGAGGCUGUGUUCGAAAAUCUAGACAAACCGGGUGAACAAUUCACCGUUAAGUACGAGCUGCUGCACGUCACACCGCCAAUGGGUGCCCCAGAUGUGUUGAAAGCUUGCAAAAGCCUAGUUAAUGAAGUGGGCUUUGUCGACGUAAGCAAGGAUACGCUGCAGCAUCAGAAAUUCAGCAACGUCUUUGCCAUUGGAGACUGUUCAUCUUCGCCGAAUUCUAAAACAGCCGCCUCUGUGGCUGCCCAGUCGCAAGUGGUGUACAAAAAUUUAAUGGCUGUGAUGGAAGGUAAAGCGCCUACUAGGAUUUUCGAUGGGUACGCAUCCUGCCCGUUGGUCACGGGAUACAACACGUGUGUGCUAGCCGAGUUUGACUACUCCUUGACGCCCUUGGAAACGUUCCCAGUCGAUCAAAGCAAGGAGCGUUUGUCGAUGUACCUCAUGAAGAAAGAUAUUAUGCCCCCGCUCUACUGGCAUUUGCUGCUGAAUGGUCUUUGGAAUGGGCCAGGGUUGAUGCGAAAAUUGAUGCACUAUCGCCUGUGAGAGC